AGCUGCCAUGGAUCCACCUUCAGAGAGAAGCGGCGCCUCCUCACACAGCUGACCGGGAGCACAGGUAGUCUGUCCGGCGUACUUGUUGAUCUUCUGGGCGAAGCGGCGGCUGGAUAUGCGGAGCAGGAAGCCGGCUGGUGGGCAGUAGAUCGUGCUGGGGAUCUCUCUGCCAUGUCGGAGGCAGAGGAGGGAGACAUGGAUUGGGUUAGACCCCAGCAAUAGUAAACCAAUAACGACGCCUGCUUCUUUCUUUUUUUUUUUUUUUUUCUUUUUUGUAAUGCUUCUGCUUCAUCUCCGUGUGUGCCUGCCUGCGGAUUGAUUGUUCAUUGAGAUACCAUUACAAUAAGUAUGAGGAACAUCUGAACUCCAUAGUCCCAAAUGUUUGCCUCCUUGCUCCUCGAACCAAAGGUCACCAUGGAGAAAUCCUUGACCGAAUUAAAUAAAGCGGCCUCACACUCGACAACCUCACUGCCACCUGAACCGGUGGACAUCCUUCGCAGCAAGACAUGUUUCCGCAGAGUUCGGCUGAAUGUGGGGGGUCUCCCUCAUGAAGUCUUGUGGCGAACGUUGGAUAGGCUACCACGAACACGUUUGGGAAAGCUACGAGAUUGCAAUACCCAUGAAUCUCUGAUGGAGGUGUGUGACGACUACAACCUGGAGGAGAACGAGUACUUUUUUGACCGACAUCCAGGGGCGUUCACAUCGAUUCUGAACUUCUACCGCACAGGUAAGCUGCACAUGAUGGAGGAAAUGUGUGCCCUGUCGUUCAGUCAGGAACUCGACUACUGGGGCAUUGACGAGAUCUACCUGGAGUCUUGUUGUCAGGCGAGGUACCACCAGAAAAAGGAGCAAAUGAACGAGGAGCUGAAAAGAGAGGCCGACAACAUGAAAGACAGAGAGGGAGAAGAAUUUGACAACACUUGCUGUGCAGAAAAACGAAAGAAGCUCUGGGAUCUCCUGGAAAAGCCGAGCUCAUCUGUUGCAGCGAAGAUCCUGGCCAUCAUCUCCAUACUCUUCAUUGUACUAUCUACCAUUGCCUUGUCCCUGAACACCCUUCCAGAGCUUCAGGACACAGAUGAGUUUGGCCAGUCCACAGACAACCCACAACUGGCCCAUGUGGAAGCUGUAUGUAUUGCCUGGUUCACCAUGGAGUACCUGCUUCGUUUCCUCUCCUCACCCAACAAAUGGAAGUUCUUCAAAGGUCCUCUGAAUGUCAUUGACCUGUUGGCCAUCCUGCCAUAUUACGUCACCAUCUUCUUGACAGAGUCAAAUAAGAGCGUGCUACAAUUUCAGAAUGUCCGGCGGGUAGUUCAGAUUUUUAGAAUUAUGCGUAUCCUCCGUAUUCUUAAGCUGGCCCGUCACUCCACAGGUCUUCAGUCUUUGGGCUUCACUCUCAGGAGGAGUUACAAUGAGCUGGGCCUGCUCAUCCUUUUCUUAGCCAUGGGCAUCAUGAUCUUCUCCAGUCUGGUGUUCUUUGCAGAGAAAGAUGAGGAGGACACAAAGUUCAAAAGCAUCCCUGCUUCUUUCUGGUGGGCAACCAUUACAAUGACCACAGUAGGCUAUGGAGACAUCUACCCAAAAACUCUUCUGGGAAAGAUAGUAGGAGGUUUAUGCUGCAUAGCUGGAGUACUGGUGAUUGCUCUACCUAUUCCCAUAAUUGUAAAUAACUUUUCUGAAUUCUACAAGGAGCAAAAGAGGCAGGAAAAAGCACUUAAACGAAGGGAAGCCCUGGAGAGGGCAAAGAGAAAUGGUAGCAUUGUCUCCAUGAACUUGAAAGAAGCAUUUGCUCGUAGUGCAGAACUGAUGGAUGUGGUAGUAGAGAAGAGUGAAAGGCCUAAUGACAACCACCUCUCACCAAGUCAUUGGAAAUGGACCCCAAAGAGGACGGCAUCAGAGACAAGCUCAAACCGAUCCUUCAAUGCCCAGGAGUUAGGCUCUCCUAGUAAGGCCCGACCUACCAGUCCUCAGAGGCUCAAUGUUCAGAAGCUAGAGGAGAUGUACAACCAGAUGGCCAAGACACAAUCCCAACCAAACCUCAAUGCUAAAGACAGGGGCUCCAGACAGAGCAAAAACAGGGAUGAAAUAGAGCUUGGAGCCAUUCAAGAUCAUGGACCGCCUGUGCUAGGAACCAGAGAAGGGGUAGGGGACAUGAAAAGCUUAUCCAGUAUUGACAGCUACAUCAGCUGUGCAACAGACUUCCAGGAGAACACACGCUUCACCCAUAGUCCAGCAAUGGACCUGGGUGCUCAGGAAAGCAACCGGUUCUCUCACAGUCCAGCCACAGGUUUGUCCCAGCAUGGCAGUACAAAAACAGGGCGACAAACCACAGGGGAGCAUGACUCCAUCCUGAAUCCUGUGCCUGUUGCAAAGCCUUCAUACACUGAAAAUGCACGGAAAUUCUUCUUUCCUGGCAACUCCUCGAAAAGUCUUGUCCCCAAAGUGAGCUAUCGCAGUGAAGGGGAGUCAGGCUUGUCCCCACUGUCAGACAGCUCAGUCCUGUCAGAUCGCUCUCUGGUAAGCCCUGAAGUUUCUGUCUACACCACUGCCAGCAGCAGAACCCCACCAAAAUCUCCAGAAAGCGAUUCCAUGGCCCAAACUGUCUUUACUUUCCACGACUCCUCCAUCAGUAAAUAUAUAGACGCAGAUACAGAUGACGACGAGCACCUUCGAGAUGUCUCUGACACCAGUCCCUCAGAGCGUCUUUUGGCUGGUUCAAGUCCAAAACGAAGCAUCAACAUCACUUACCAGAAAGGGAUCAACCAUUUAGAAGUAGCCCAAAAAAUGCUGGGCCAGAAUUGCCUGUUCCCCAUUGAAGGGAUUCGUGGAAUAGCUCAUGAGAAUCACGUAGGGCCGGAGUUGGCGCGUAGGCCAAAGGCUGAGAGGGGACGUCAAAAUACUUUGGAUAAAGGCCUCUGAGGUUCAAAUGAAGUAGAAAUAAACAGGAGGCAGGGUACAGCGUGUUUGUGAUGGAGACAGCAGACAUACUAAACACACUAAGUAGGCUGCAGACAAAGGAAGCAGGAAAGACAAAGAGUCUGUAGGAAACAAUUCAAGUUACAACUUACCUGAGCAUGCCAUCAGGCACCAAGCUCAGGAUGAACAUAACUGAAUACUCUGGGAGAAAAACACUAUAAAUUGGAGAAUGUCACUGCCCCUCCUUCAUCUUAUUCCUACAGGCUGUACUACAUACCCACAAUACAAAAGAGCACACCCAGCCAAUUUGUUGGCUCAGAGAUCCAUGUGGAAGCAGAGUCAUCGGUAUAAAGUUGUGGAUAUAAAAGGUUUGCUAUAUUCUCCAGGGAAACAUUUCCCCGCUGCCCACUAUCCCAUUACAGAAUCCCAGUUCAUUUUGUAGUCUUGGAGAUAUAGGAGAGGACCUAUAGAAGCCUGUAAGCUACUUACUUGUGCCCUCCAUUCCCAAACUGGCCUUAGUCAUUUACAUUUGCAGGAGUGUGCAUGCCUGCAUAAACGUUUGUGUGUGCAUGUGUGUUAGUUAGUGUGAAUGUUGAUGGAUGAACAAAUGUUAAUUCAUGUAUUCCCCAUUCUUGAGAUUGUCACACCCGAUUUAUUUUUCUAUUGAUAAAAGAAAGCUAGAAAUGUGUGAUUUGCUAGUCUGCUGUGUCAUAUUCUCAUGUAAAGAGUAACCCUGUAAAAGGGUCAAUGUUGUGGCACAGAGGCUGCAAUUAUAGUGGGGAUCCAGCACAUUACCUAUUACAAUGAAUGUUCUUCAACAGUAUUUUGUUAUUCCCUAUGUUAUCAUGUAAUGGUGAGAAUGGAUGACACUUUAAAAUCUAUCAUUGAAUAUUGUCUUAGCACCUCAGUAUCAUUUUAUAAAGGAUGGUAGGGGACCAAGAAAUUUUGAUAUGGGCUUAUACAACAGCCAGAUGUUACAAACUGGAUUGCUGCAUUAAGGGCGCAUUUAUGAAGCAUGCAUACAACCAACAAAUCAACGUACAAAAACAUGAGACACUAAAAAUUAAAUAUUUAAGUAUUCUCUCUAUAUUUACAUUUAACACAAAUUAUAACGUAAAAAAAAAAAAAAAACAAGUUGAAGAGUUUGGUAGCAGAUUUCAGCAUUCAUUGGUCCUUAUUUAACCAACAUAAAAGCAGCCAAAGAGAUAACGCUCAGAAUAUGGGAAUAUGCAUGUAUUUGGUACUGGAAGCUGCAAAGUUUUCCAUCUUUGUUCUGUUCCUUUUAAUGUCAAAACAAAACUGGCACAACACUGGGUAUACACAACUAGGUCAGAUUUACCACAAUUCAGUUGUAAAUGCCCAAAUUUAACCCAUGCAUGAGCACACACACACACCCCCACUUAAGAUUCAUGCAGGUAUGGGAGACUAUCUUCAGGCUUCAUAUAUACACUUAGUUUCCAUGGAGACAGCAGCUUUUCUCAGAGGCUGGCAGCAGCUAAGCGACGGUUUGUUCAUUUGGGUGUGAAGGUCUAGAUGCAUGUAACAUAAGUUAAACACAUAUACAAGAACACACACUCAAACUGGCAUGCGCUCAUAAAGUGACAGGUAUGCACAGUAGUCACGAGUUAGCAGAGCCACUCCUCACUGUGCAUAUUUAUGAAUACUGUGUAAAGGCAACAUUAUGAUGUAAAGACCUUGUACAUUGUUCUGUUUUUAUGUCUAAAAUCUCUGUAGCAUUCCAUAAACAGUACAAUUCCAUUGAUGCAUUCUCUUUUAUCUGUUUACACUGCCACAAAGCAGAUAAAACAAAUUACAUAACUUAAUAGAUCCAUUUUCCAGUAUUAAAACAACACAUUUCAAGACUGACCAAAUGCUUCAUGCAGAAUAUAGAGGGACUUAAGGGUUAUAUCACCUGAAAGCUACAUAAUACAUAAUACCUUGAAAACUUGAAAACAAAAACUAAAUUGUAUUUCAAGAUCAACAUCCAUAAAAACCCUGCUAACAUGAAUCCGUAUAAAGAAUUCAUAACCAUUUAAACCAAACAAAAAGUUUCCAAACAUACAUAUACAGCAUGUUUUUACUGCCUUUAUGUAAUUCAAGAGCAGGUAUGUUCUACUAAUGAAGAAAACAAUCACUGCCAUUGCAAACUAAACAAAUUCUCAAGGAAAACUGGCUCAAUUGUAAACGCUUCCCGUCACAAAAUAUAAAUUCAGUGUGAUCCAAGAGUCAACAAAAGGUGAUCAGCACACAUUGUUUUUGCUGUUAUGUUUGAGAGUCACACAAACCCCUGAUUACAUUUCCUGUUUUAAUCCCAGAGUUGAACCAUUUCAUAUUGCUCUUCCAUAGUGAGAGGAACAGAGGUGUGAAAGGAAUAGCAAUGACUGUGAGAGGCAGAGGGAACCAUGUGUGUGCCUGUAUGUGUGUGCUGUAAAUCCAGGGCAUUAGAGCAGUGUGGCUGCGGCUAAAUGGAGAAAAAUUAACAGUUUCAUGAAUGUAUGCAUGUCAGGGAAAUCCUGCUUUAUGUUUGCUCCACAUUUCUAUCUGCAGCAGUAACACAUCCUGUAUUACCAAGGGAACUCUAAACAUAUUGGGGCAACAUAACUUUCGCACACGUUAAAUGUUUGAUAGGCAGCUGCGAGGAAAGGGAUGGAAUGAGCAUUUAAUGUAUGUUUUUCAGCACACAUAAUUAGACAGAUGGACGGUAUGAGCUGUUGACAAGUUAAUUUUAAGCAGCAUCAUCGUCUCAGCUCCAACAUACCUUAUCAAUAACAAAAUGUCUUUCUAUUUUGAAUUCAAGAGAAAUGUGUUAUGAUUUUUCUCUGUUGCACAAUUACACUAAAAUGCAUUUAGAAAAAUAAACAAAUGUAUCAUCUGCAAAGAGACAUUUUAAAAUCAAAUAAAUUAAAUAAUUUACUGCAGCUUUCUAACAAUAGUUGGGCAUUCAGUUUUUUAAAGCAUUGUUUUAAUCUUUCAAAUACCUAUUUUUAAUGGCUGCUUCUUUGGUUGUACCCGUUAAUGAAUUCUUUCCACAAUAAACUUGUAUGCAUCUUCAUGUCUCAGUAGGACAUGUACGAUCCAUUUAUACAUUGAAAGAAUUAUGAACAUGCAAGCUUUGUCCAUUCUUUUUUUUGUCAUCAUCCUUUUGUUCAGACAUUGCAAGUCUCAAACAGAAUAAUGAGUUGGUUUAAAGGCCUGCAGUCCAGUGUUAAUUCCUGAUUUACUUCACUGUUUAUUUAUCUUUAUGUCAUGAAAAGUCAAAGCCAAUGCAUGCCCAACAUUUUAAGAUCUUUCACCCUGUAACAUCUAAAAAUUCACAGAGAUGUCAAAAUGUUUUCUAAAGAUUUGAAGAAAACAACGUACAGUAUGUCAGGCCUGCUUACUACUACUUUAAAAUCUAGAUUAUUAAGUUUAAUCAUUCAACAUUCAAAUCUUCAUAUAGCUUACACAACCCCUCACAAAGUAUACUCUCAGUUAAAUAUAUAUGACGGUAGUCAGGGACCAUUUUCACUGAAAUAUCUCUCAGCAAAGAUGACAAUCAAUAAUCCACGAGUAGGCAGCAAGCACUAUUGUUGAAACUGAGAUUUACUAUGGGCUAAUAUUAGCCAAAUGUUCACAAGUAUAAAAAUCCUUAUACAAGUAAUGAUACUCUUAUUAUUUUAGACUCUAAAGUUCAAGAAACAUCAAGCUUGAAGUUGAGAUUUGAUAUCUAGACUUUCAUACUGUGACACAAAUCUACCAUGAUACAAAAAAAGACAUCUAAUUUACGAAUUUAAAUCAUCUUUAUUUAUUUUUUGUUUUGGUACCUAACUCAUCCCCAUCUUCAACAGAGCCAUUUAAAUGAACAAUUUGGGAAAAAGAGCGUUCACAUUUCACAUAGAGGAGACAUUUUGAUGUGAAUCAAAAGGACUAAACCAUCAUGCUUCAUGCAGAAAUAGCAAUCAAGUGGCUUGUUAUAUUUCUCUUUUAUUGAUACAAUUCAAGAUGAAGAGCACAGAUUCUCAAACAUUUGUACUACAAGACUCCCAACUGUACAGUUAAUGCAUAGCUGAAACCCUAAAAUAGAAUUUGUUGUCGUGCUGGCUGCUAAAUUUAUCUUCAAAGAGGUUGAAGUAUUUUUUAUUUUUUGGUCUAACCCCACAGAACUCCCUUUAAGAACAUGUGGUAGUUUCCAAAACCCAGUGAGAACAACUGCAUAAGCAAGUAGCCCUUUCACAAUUUCUGAAUCUAAUACUGUAUUAUAGGGUUGGGGUCCAUUCAGGAUGCCUUGAUGGAGUAACUACACAUCACACAAGAUACUAUAAAAAGGUACGAGUAUCAUAGCAUGAGAUGAAUUAAAACUAGUACCAAUUAAUAACAAACUAUAUUUUUUCUACGUUUCAAGCUCUCAGUGGAAUUGACCCCAACCUUGCCUAAGCCAUCAGUCUUUCUAAAGUACACUGUUUCCAGGGAAAUUGAAAAAAAGAUAUUUGAACGACCCUAUAGCCAGCUCUUAUACAAUGUUGUUUGUAGGUCCCGAGGCUGUCUGUUUUGUAAAAAACAAAAAACAAAAAAACAACAACUAAUUUUUACCUGUUGACUUUCUAUGCUAUUGUUUCUGUAUAACUGUUCUGUUGUUCAGUGCAUGUUGUAACUUUGGCAUUGUGACUGGUUGUGAUUUACACCAGUAGAGCCAGUACUUGUCAUGUGAAAAAAAAAAAAAAAAGUGUCUCAAUGUCUCAAGAUAUUUCUAUUUCUUAAGAAAGCAAAAUUUCCCUUGGAUGACUCAAAAUUAAAUAAACCAGAUCACUUUACAUUUUG